UUUGAAAUACAUUCCCCGUACUGUUGGUCCAUAUCGAGGCUUUGGGUCGACGGACAGCUGUUAAUGAAAUCCUAGUUUUUGCAGUAAAGGCGCAGAGUCAGCGGUGGUGUGACUUGCGAGAGUAGCCCACCAUAUGCGUCCUUGGAUUUCCCCCUUCGCAACAGUAGCUAGGGGGAUCAACAGGUUUCUUGUACCGAAGUAUCCACUGGUCGUCUUGAGUCGAUCAACGGGAUCCAUAGACUAUGCUUUUUGACACGAGUGGCUUGAAUGUCCUGAUUUACUCAAGAAUGUUGACUGUUCUGGUGUUGGCUUUAUGUUGCGUCCACUCCGGAAAUGGGCAGACCUGCACAGAGGGGUUCGCCUAUGACCGCAUAGCAAGAGUAUGUGUUGACAUUGAUGAGUGUCUUACGGUACCAGACACCUGCAGAGGGGACAUGCAGUGUGUGAACCAGAACGGAGGUUAUCUCUGUGUCCCCCGGGGGCUGUACAGACAGCCUACCUACCCCCGGGGUGGAGGAGGGGAGCCCGCCUACCCGGACACCUCGCUGUGGUUCCCAGACCCCUACCCUCUACCCCCACCUCCAGGCCCCCCUGUGGCUCCCAGCUACCCCGUCGUAAACCGCUCCACUCCCUGCCUCCUGGGAUACACCCUGGCAGAAGAUGGCACCUGUAAUGACAUUGAUGAGUGUGAGACAGACUCCCACCAGUGUAACCCCACCCAGGUGUGUAUCAACACAGCUGGAGGAUACACCUGCUCCUGUACCGAGGGCUACUGGCUGGUCGGGGGACAGUGUCAGGACAUUGAUGAGUGUCGCUACGGGUACUGCCAGCAGCUGUGUGCCAACGUGCCAGGCUCCUAUUCCUGCUCCUGUAACCCUGGCUUCCUCCUCAACCCCGACAGCAGGACCUGCCAAGAUGUGGAUGAGUGUGACGACAACCCCUGUACCCACGGCUGUUUCAACACCUACGGCUCCUACAUGUGUAACUGUGAUCAGGGAUUUGAGCUGGCUUCUGACGGGACCACCUGCAACGACCUGGACGAGUGUGGUUUCUCAGAGUUUCUGUGUCGGCACCGCUGUGUGAACACCCCUGGCUCCUUCCAGUGUCACUGCCCAGCGGGAUACUACCUUUACGAGGAUGGGAGGAGCUGUGAAGAUAUCAAUGAGUGUGAGACUGGUAACAACACGUGUACGACAGCACAAGUUUGUUUCAGUUUCCAGGGAGGCUAUACGUGCUUGGAUCCGCUAAAAUGUGAUCCGCCGUACGUUGAGCUCGGUGACAAUCAGUGUAUGUGUAGUGCAGAGAACCCAGCUUGUAGAGACAGGCCCUUCACCAUCCUUUACCGCCACAUGGACCUGUCCUCAGGCCGCAGCGUCCCAGCAGACAUCUUCCAGAUGCAGGCCACUACCAGAUACCCUGGAGCUUUCUAUAUCUUCCAGAUCAAAGGACCGGGCAACGAGGGACGGGAGUUCUACAUGAGGCAAACCAGUAACGUGAGUGCCACUCUGGUCCUAUCUCGACCCAUCAAGGGUCCCAGGGAGCUGGUCCUGGACCUGGAGAUGGUAACCGUUAACAACGUCAUCAACUUCAGAGGCAGCAGUAUCAUACGGCUCACGAUAUACGUGUCAGAGCAUCCUUACUGAGGCCCCUCCCCCCUGACCAAUCACCACGUACUCUCACAACCCUAAGGAUACCAUCUCAGAAUCUUUUACUCUCCAAAUCUACCAUCUCUCAUCAAACAGCUCUGUUCCUGUUCUCUCUGUUCACAAGAUACGAUGCUGUCUGUCUCUUCUCUCUGUUCACGAGAUACGAUGCUGUCUGUCUCUUCUCUCUGUUCACAAGAUACGAUGCUGUCUGUCUCUUCUCUCUGUUCACGAGAUGUGAUGCUGUCUGUCUCUUCUCUCUGUUCACGAGAUACGAUGCUGUCUGUCUCUUCUCUCUGUUCACGAGAUACGAUGCUGUCUGUCUCCUCUUCUCUCUGUUCACGAGAUACGAUGCUGUCUGUCUCUUCUCUCUGUUCACGAGAUGUGAUGCUGUCUGUCUCUUCUCUCUGUUCACAAGAUGUGAUGCUGUCUGUCUCCUCUCUGUUCUCGAGAUGCGAUGCUGUCUGUCUCCUGUUCUCGAGACGUGAUGCUGUCCGUCUCCUGUUCUCGAGAUGCGAUGCUGUCUGUCUCCUGUUCUCGAGAUGCGAUGCUGUCUGUUCUCGAGAUGCGAUGCUGUCUGUCUCCUGUUCUCGAGACGUGAUGCUGUCCGUCUCCUGUUCUCGAGACGUGAUGCUGUCUGUUCUCGAGAUGCGAUGCUGUCUGUCUCCUGUUCUCGAGACGUGAUGCUGUCCGUCUCCUGUUCUCGAGACGUGAUGCUGUCUGUUCUCGAGAUGUGAUGCUGUCUGUCUUACCACCGUUAUCGUCUGAAUGAACUUUCAAUGAACUCUCAUCUGUUGUUAUAGGACACGGAGGGCACCUUGCUCUACAUUUCCCACCUCCCUUCCCCACUCCUACAUCCACAUCAGACCUCCCUUCCCCACUCUUACAUCCACAUCAGACCUCCCUUCCCCACUCCUACAUCCACAUCAGACCUCCCUUCCCCACUCCUACAUCCACAUCAGACCUCCCUUCCCCACUCCUACAUCCACAUCAGACCUCCCUUCCCCACUCUUACAUCCACAUCAGACCUCCCUUCCCCACUCCUACAUCCACAUCAGACCUCCCUUCCCCACUCCUACAUCCACAUCAGACCUCCCUUCCCCACUCUUACAUCCACAUCAGACCUCCCUUCCCCACUCCUACAUCCACAUCAGACCUCCCUUCCCCACUCUUACAUCCACAUCAGACCUCCCUUCCCCUCUCCUACAUCCACAUCAGACCUCCCUUCCCCACUCUUACAUCCACAUCAGACCUCCCUU